AUGAUCGAGUCACCUGCCUCUGAACCCAUUCCACGUCGCCGCCGAAGUAGCUGGUUGCAAUGGUAUGGUCAACAGCCAAAGGACACCGGCGCCUUUACCUCUCAUCAGGACGGUGGUAUCUCUUCCCCUCCUCCAGAGAGGAGACACACAUUCUCUGUUUGUGACACGAGUGUAAACACUCCUCGCCCAGUUUCACGUGGGUCCUCGAGACCGAGCACCCCCAGAGGAAUCUCAUCUGCUGCAUUUUCUUUAUUCUCUUCAUUCCAAACAUCUCCUCAUUUCCCUUCGUGCGUACAGGCCGAUCAGAAUUCUGAUGACCACGCAUCCCAAUUCUCCACCUCUCCCAACCCACUGCCAAACCCUGCGAAGCCAGAGCUGUCUUCCCGUCCGGCUGGCUCGUUUGGAAAGAUGGCAUUCAAUUCCAUGCUAGGUGGCCUCUCUGCGUUGUCUCUCUCACGUACUUCAGCAACCGACGACAAAGACAAAGAAUCCCGGGGACGUAGCUCGAACAAGAGCAAGCCCCGAUCAUCAUCUUUCGUCUACCCCUCCAACGGGAAAGAAAAAGACGGUGCAUCGACGAUGUCCAAAGAUUCUCAUCGCGCACGCUCCCAGUCUCCGUUCUCCCUUCGUCGUUGGCGCUCCCGUGAUCGCGAGUCCUCUCCCACCCCCCUCCCCCUCGAGGAGUCUGACUGUGAAUCCUUCAUCUCAAAGCGCUCUCCCGCAGUUCGUCCCCGCACCGCUUUCACCGAUGACCCUGAUUCAGGUUCCGAAUAUGCUGGUGAAGAAACUGAAGACGAAGAAGACGACUGGAGCGACGAUAUGAUCGGGAUUUACGACACCCUCACAGAGCGUAACACAGAGCAGAACGCCUCUUUAAUGAGCGAGAUUGAUGCGGAUGCGGAUGCUGCAUUUGAUCCCGACCCUCAUGGCGAGGGUGUAAACGUCAUUAUACCUCCAGAGCCAUACUUCCCAUCCACCCUGAAUCGUACGAGUUUCAGCUCGUCACGCGGGAAGCGAGGGGCACCAAAGAGGAAGAAAUCUCGACCACAUGAGUUGCUACCCCUCUCGACAUCCAGGCCUCUAUUCCAGCGUGAUCGAUGUACCAUUACCAUCGUCCAAGGAGACCCAGUCGCUUCUGAAAGGAGAAAGAAGACGUACGUGGUAGCGAGCGAUUUAAGUGAAGAAAGCAGGUAUGCUGUUGAGUGGGGAAUUGGAACGGUAUUGCGUGAUGGCGACGAGAUGCUCAUCGUAACAGUAGUGGAGAACGAGAACAAAGUCGAUCCCAUCCUUCCCAACUCCACAGACCGUGCCACAAAAUUGCGCAGUCAGCAAGAACGCCAAGGUCUCGCCUACAUCCUCGUUCGACAGGCCACGUCGUUACUGCAACGAACGCGAUUGAAUGUGACGGUGUCUUGUCAAGCUUGGCACGCCAAGAACGCGCGUCACAUGCUUCUUGAUGUCGUGGAUUACAACGAACCAACGAUGUUGAUCGUCGGGUCAAGAGGGUUGGGACAACUCAGAGGUAUUUUGUUGGGUUCGACUUCGCACUACCUCAUUCAGCGUUGUUCCGUCCCCGUCAUGGUCACCCGCCGCCGCCUAAAACGACCCCCAAGGCGAUCCGCCCACCUCGCCAAACACCGUGCUCGCGUCUCCCUCGCGGAAGCAGCUGGUAUCGACCGUGUCGCAGCCAAGGUCGACCAGGACGUCGCCGUCCUGAGGGACGCGAUGCAACGUGAAGACGAACGCAGAGGCGAUAAACCGCCUAUCCCAGAGGCCGGCGAGGUGGAAGACACAGCUGAAGGAGAAGGGGACGGCGCCGAGGGCGAAGGAUAUCUCGGCGUAAAUGUGAGGGGCUAA